GAACUCCUGCGUGAUGGGGCAAUAUAUAUUUUGUCAGACUUUGAAGUCACCAGAAGCAACUCCCGUUUCAAGCUUACCGAUUCCCCCUUCUCAAUUCGUUUCACAUCGACCACUGUUUUUGAUCAGCUCGACGAGUCUUUCGAAAAUUUCCCAAAAGAGCUUUUCAGGUUCCGCACACAUGAGGACUUGGUUUCUCUUGCCAACACCAAUACAGAGCUUCCAGAUGUCAUGGGCCAAGUAUGUUCAAGCAAGGCAUAUAGAAAUGGAAUGACACAAACCUUGGAGAGGAUGUUAGUGCUCCUAUCUCUUGAAAGCGGGGAGAAAGUGCGACUAAGUGCUUUCGACGAUCAUGCAACUUCACUGGAGAAGCUUUUUAGCGAAAAAGAUGCUGGCCCUUGGAUAUUGUUGGCUACUAAAAUAAACCCAAAGUUAUUUGGAGCUGAACUUUACCUUAACGUCACGUCUGGGACCAAAUUUUUUAAAGACGGAGACGUGACAACAACUGCACAGUUUUCUCAAAGGCUAAAGGCCAAACAAAAAGAAGACACCAACUCUAUUGCACCAUUCCAUGGUCCAAGAUUGAACAUGUAUCCAUUGAUGCUCUUAACCAGUUUGUUGCUACUGGUCAUGCACAGGCUGAAGGUGAACUAAACUCAGAAUGUGGUGCUCCAAUUCCCAAAACCGUCUCUGACAUUGUUGGGAAGAAUUUCACAUUCCAACUUAAGCUGACUAACUUCAACUUCACUCCUCACCAUCAGUCCUUUACGGUGUCACGUAUUUAUGAAACAAUUGUGGUUCUUCCUGGUCCGACCUUCGUUGAGACGCAGGCAGCAGGUUGGAAAAUGGUGGAUUUAGGUGCUAAAAGGGCUACCACAUCUCCAACUCGGCUAGACCAGACAAGCACCCCCUCUGCAGUAGAUAUUACAACAGAGGAAGAAAAUCAUUCUGGAGAUUUACAAGUCGAAACCUCAUCUUCGGCAGCAAGGAACAAAAAACAGAAGAAAUAGUAAUGCAAUUAGCCUACUUAGUUAUAUUUAAAUUUUCCAAUUGCUUUACCUAAAGAACUUGCCUCCAUUUCACUACUUUUCUCCCCUCUAUUUCUGAAUGGAAUUUCUUUGCGUUACUAUAUGGUUGUUAUUAUCAGAAUCUUUUUCGACUUUCAACUGUAAAAUUAAUUUCCAACUCUACUUUUGAAAUAACCAUAAGUCCUUCUCGA